AGCUUUAAAGCCCACAUGAAAGUUCACACUGGGGAGAAGCCAUAUUCCUGCAGCAUCUGUGGGAAAACAUUUACUAUGAAAUCACAUUUGAAGACACAUUUAAGAGUUCAUACUGGGGAGAAGCCAUUUUCCUGCAUCACUUGUGGGAAAACAUUCACUAUGAAAUCACAUUUGAAGACACAUUUAAGAGUUCAUACUGGGGAGAAGCCAUAUUCCUGCAGCAUCUGUGGGAAAACAUUCACUGAGACAUCAAAUUUAAAUCGUCAUAUCAGAAUCCAUGUUCACGAGAAGCAGUUUUCUUGCACCACCUGCGGGAAAACAUUCUCUCAGAAAUCAUCGUUGAAGUCUCAUACACGAAUCCAUACUGGGGAGAAGCCAUAUUCCUGCAUCACCUGCGGGAAAACAUUCUCUCAUAAAUCAGCAUUUGAGACUCGUACAAGAGUCCAUAGUGAUGAGAAACCUUUUUCGUGCAAAACAUGUGGAAAAGGAUUCAAAUAUAGUAGCAACUUAAAAGCCCACAUGAGAGUUCACACUGGGGAAAGGCCAUAUUCCUGCAUCACCUGCGGGAAAACAUUCACUAAGAAAUCAACUUUGAAGUCUCAUACAAGAAUCCAUACUGGGGAGAAGCCAUAUUCCUGCAUCACCUGCGGGAAAACAUUCACUAAGAAAUCACAUUUGAAGUCUCAUACAAGAAUCCAUACUGGGGAGAAGCCAUUUUCCUGCAUCACCUGCGGGAAAACAUUCUCUCAGACAUCACAUUUGAAGUCUCAUACAAGAAUCCAUACUGGGGAGAAGCCAUAUUCCUGCAUCACCUGCGGGAAAACAUUCACUAAGAAAUCACAUUUGAAGUCUCAUACAAGAAUCCAUACUGGGGAGAAGCCAUAUUUCUGCAUCACCUGUGGGAAAACAUUCACUGACACAUCACAUUUGAAACGUCAUAUAAGAAUACACAGUGGGGAAAGAAGUUCUACUGACUCAAUUGUCCACAUGAGAAGAAAUCACAAAGGUGAAACAUCAUAGAUGCAACUCUGGUGAGAAAAUAGUCAGAGCAAUUUUUCUGAUUAAAAAGACUACGUCAGACAAGGUAAAGAAAGGAACGAAAUCCCGUGUACGAUGUCGGAUUCGUGAAGAUGGACUAUCAUGUUUCCUUUACCUUAAUGAAGAUUGAUGUUGCUAAUUUUAUCCAAAAAUGCUCGCUUCUGUAAGGAUGUGCAAAUAAGACAGUGCUCCUCAUUAAAAGCCAUUA